UUUUUGAGGAGUUGGGAGUGGAGGGAUGGUUAGUCCCUCCAUCUCCCCCUUGUGUGACAUGGGUUUUAUUCCUCAUCUUCCUCUCUUGUGAUAGGAAGGAGAUCCUAGUGUCAAAAAGAAUUUUAUGCGAAAAAUUUAGAUGCUAAUAACAAGGUGCUAUUUGAAAACUAAAUUUGAAGUCAUUUGCAACAUAACAAAAGUUAUGAAGUUGUUAUUCACAAGCGCAUGUUACACUAAAUAGAAACAUUCGAGCCUUCAAUUUUUGAAAAAUUUCGAUGGGGCAUUCUAAGCUUUUGGUUAGCCGAGUAAGGUGAAUUAAUGUUAUAAACUUAUAAUUUUGAAAUAGUAUAUACCUGCUCCUUUCUUGUGUAACGCAUUAUAUAAGUGCCUCUUUGAAAUUACUAACGAAUUUUACCUUUAAAUUCUACACAAGUAAUCCUUUAGAAUCGCUAAUGGCGGCGGCUAGCAAGAGGGUAAAGGUAAUGGUGGCUAUGAAUCAUGGAAAUGUAUUUUAAUUGGGUGGGCGGCAUUUUGUGGGUAAUAUGGAGGAUAGGGAAUGAAAGUAAGAAGUGUGAGAAGUGCUAGUUGGUGGUCGCAUAGUUGUGCCGACUAUGAUAUGAUGUAGUGGUGGUUGCAGGCCUUGCAUUUGAUAUGGGUGGUGGUGCUGAAUUGGUGAUGUAGGGCAUAAGGGUUCUUUGUGUAUUGUAAUUUGAGAAUUUUUUUGCAGCAAAUAUUUUUAAUCGUAUUGUUUCUUUUUAAAGUCAUAUUUAACCAGUUUACUAUUAUUGUACAAGUAACUCUCUCUGUUCUUGAAAUUCAACUUGUCUUUUACUUUAUUUAUUUUUUGAAAAAUUCAUUUACUAUCUUAUUCCUAUAUUAUUUAUCAGUAGAACUUUUUAUCCGUAUUUUCUUACAUUCAUCCGCAUUUUUACCCCUGGUGGUGGGACUAAGGGGCUGUUUGGUUGAACUUCUUGGAAUGCAUGAUUUUAUUAGUUUGGUUGGGCUAUUUAAGUGUGUAAUUUCAUACCUGGGGGAUUCUAACUCCACCUCAUUCCAUUGGAAUCUCAUACUCACUUCCAUUCAUAAUCCAUACUACCACUCAAGUAUGAGAAUCCAUUCUAUAGUUAAACCAGACAACUUUAGAUUGGUAUGGGAUAUAUAAUCCAUACCACUUAAAUAUGAGAAUUCCAUAUCAAUCCAUUCCAGCCUAAUGAACCAAACGACCCCUUGAAAUACCACGAAUAAUGCAAUAAUCUAACCAACUAACCUAACUAACUAAGCUAGUGGGCUACUAAACAUAAACACCUUGACACAAUGGCUUAGGUAGUUUUUUCCAUGACUUUCCCUCUUUGCUGGGCUGCUGGCUAUUCAAUUAUUCAUGGAGUCUGCUUGAAUUGGAGGUGUCGCCAUUGUUGUUCAACCUCAGCAAUAAUGAAGCUUCUUAGCUCUUAUCCCAUGUCCAAAAACAUGUAAAUAACUACUCAGCAAUGGGUUGCAAUCAUUAGAACCAAAGCAAUCGUUUGGAAAUCCUAGACGCCUUUCGAUCCUUUAUUGGAACUGUGAUCAACCCUGGUGACAUUGAUUUCUGUAUUGUCUGAUGCCGAGCCUAUCUGAAGACAAUCUGGACAUGACCCCGUCAUCGAUGGAGAUGAAUGGGAAUGGUGGCCACAAACUGGCGGCAGCUUCAGAGCGUGUUGUGCCAUUGAUGGACGCAGUGGUGAAGGUGUUUUGUGUUCAUUCAAUGCCGAAUUACUCACUCCCGUGGCAGAGGAAGAGGCAGUGCAGCUCCUCAAGUAGUGGAUUUGUCAUUGCAGGGAGGAGGGUUUUGACAAAUGCUCAUUCAGUGGCACACUACACUCAAGUUAAGCUUAAGAAGCGGGGUUCUGAUACCAAGUACUUGGCUACUGUACUAGCUGUUGGGAUUGAUUGUGAUAUUGCUUUGCUUACGGUCAAAGAUAAUGAAUUUUGGGAAGGUGUUUUACCAGUGGAGUUUGGUGAAUUACCUGCUCUUCAAGAUGCUGUGACUGUGGGUUACCCAAUAGGAGGGGAUACUAUAUCUGUGACCAGUGGAGUUGUCUCACGCAGGGAGAUCCUUUCUUACGUUCAUGGUUCUAUUUCAAUGAUAUUGGUGCAGGUGGAUGCUGCCAUUAACUCUGGAAAUUCUGGUGGUCCAGCCUUCAAUGACAAAGGCAAUUGUGUAGGAAUUGCAUUUCAGUCAAUGACACAGGAAGAUGCUGUAAAUAUUGGUUAUGUUAUCCCUACACCUGUCAUCAAUCACUUUAUUCAAGAUUAUGAAAGGAAUGGAGCAUAUACUGGGUUCCCAAUUCUUGGGUUUGAGUGGCAAAAGAUGGAGAAUCCUGACUUACGUAUAGCAAUGGGGAUGAAAUCUGAUCAAAAGGGUAUACUUGUUACACGAGUCGAAGCUACUGCUCCUGAAUCUGAGGUUUUGAAGUCAUCAGAUGUUAUCCUUAGUUUUGAUGGGGUCAAUAUUGGAAAUGAUGGAACAGUUCCUUUCAGGUGUGGUGAGUGUAUAGGUUUUAGUUACCUUUUUUCCCAGAAGUAUACUGGAGAUAAUGCUAAAAUUAAGGUACUUCGUGAUUCGGUGAUGCAUGAAUUCAGCAUCAGACUUGAUACUCACAAGAAGCUCAUUCCAGCUUAUUUCAUAUUCUUCCUUCAUCCCAAAAUUGGUGGAACUUUUGGUUUUGGCACAUUUAUGCUGGUUCUUGUGGCUGACAUUAACAUCGGAUAUGAAGAUCUUGCUAAUGUUCAGGUUCUUGCUGUCAACGGUAAACCUGUGAAGAACUUAAAAAGCUUGGCGAGUAUGGUGGACUCCUGCAAUGAUGAAUUUUUGAAGUUCGAUCUGGAGUUCAAUAAGGUAGUCAUUCUUCGGACAGAGACUGCUAAAGCUGCUACUGUAGAUAUUCUGGCGACACACUGCGUACCUUCUGCAAUGUCUGAUGAUCUUAAAACCUAGACUGAAGUUUGAACCUCAUCUAGGUGUUUACCUGUUUGUCUUAUAUAACCUGUUCACGAACUAGUUUACAGUUUUACACCCUCUUAUAUGCCUUUCACUCAGCAUAUGAAACAUCAGUUCACCGCAAAUGCUAGGUCCAUUGUUACUACUAAUUUAUGUGCAGCCAAAUUAACAUUUAGUAAUUGAAUUGGUAUUUUAUAAAUGUUUUGUAUAGAAGUUGUAAUUUACCAGAAUUAUUGGAUUUGACAUUUUCAAUUA